CAGCACCCCGGCAUCCGCGGACGGCCGAGCGAGCCACCUGCCACCGCUCCUCCGCCUUCUCAUCAUCUAAUAGCGAUGGGCGGUGGGAGCCGAGCCCUUUCCCUCUCCUCCCUCUGCGCCACCACCCUCGCCGCCGCCGCCGCCAAACCCCCGCUCCCCUUCCCCGCCUCCCACCGUGCGCUCCACCACCUCCCUCUCCGCCUCGCCGCCAUGUCGUCGUCGUCGUCCUCCCCCGCCCCGGCCCCUGCUGCGGGGGGUGAUUCCGCGGCUGCGGCCCCCUCGGCGUCCAACGCCAUCGACUUCCUCACUCUCUGCUACCGCCUCAAGACGACCAAGAGGGCGGGGUGGGUGAAGCGCGGGGUGCAGGCACCCGAGUCGGUGGCCGACCACAUGUACCGGAUGGGCGUCAUGGCGCUCGUUGCAGCCGACCUCCCCGGCGUCGACCGCGACAGGUGUGUCAAGAUGGCGAUUGUGCACGACAUUGCAGAAGCAAUUGUUGGUGAUAUCACCCCUUCUGAUGGUGUGCCCAAGGAAGAGAAGAGCCGCAGGGAGAAAGAAGCAUUGGACCAUAUGUGUGACUUGCUUGGCGGAGGUUCAAGAGCACAAGAAAUUCGUGAACUUUGGAUGGAGUAUGAGGAGAAUGCCUCGUUGGAAGCAAAAGUUGUCAAAGAUUUUGAUAAGGUUGAGAUGAUACUUCAAGCACUGGAAUAUGAAAAGGAGCAAGGGCAGGACCUUGAAGAGUUCUUCCAAUCUACAGCAGGAAAAUUUCAGACAGACAUUGGAAAAGCAUGGGCAGCGGAGAUCGCAUUAAGAAGAAAGUGAAGCAAACUGAUCAAAUGACGUCCCUUUUGGUGUCUUUGUUUUCAAGUUAACUUGCCGGCACCACAUUUCUGUUGAACUUCACCUUCAGGAAGUUUUAACCACCAGUGUAUUGGUGAUGUAAAAUCAGUUAAUUCUUGAGGCAAUGUACGAGUAUAGUUUCUCAUGGUAAUCCUGUUUCCUCGUUUCAGACAUUUUGAUUUAAUUACGCCCUCGUUUUAAGCAAGAUGAACUCGAACCAA